UGAUUCUUAUACACAGUCACUUGUUUAUAAAGAACGUGGAGGAAGAGGUGCCAACAACAUAUUAAAUAAAUAACUUUCUGCUGUAGUGUUCUGAAGUGUGUUGUAUUGGAAAGUUUGAGGGAUUAUGGCUCCAACACACAGGAAACAAGAAGGAUUGCUAGCUCGGGUCAAUUUCCCAUUAUAUACAUUACAAAUGUUGACCAGUCGUCAUGUGUUAGUUGGUGGUGGAGGAGGUUCUUCAAAUACUGGUGUUGCUAAUGGAUUUGAAAUUUUCGAGCUGUCUCAUGAUGGAGAAAGAUUUGUUGCAGAGGAGGUUAUGCGUCAUGAAACUGGUUCCAGUGUUGUAAUGAAUUGUGCAUCCAACAGUAAUGGGCAUCGCACAUUCCUUGUUGCGGGACAGGAAAGCCAUUGUCAGCUUUAUCAUGUCAGUAUGGAAAUUCUUGACAAUGAAGACAUAAAAUCAAAUGAUGUUGGGGACAGUAAUGCUGUAAGACAGCGCAGCGAGAAGUCAUCUGUGUCAGAUAGUGGAGAAGCUCAUGGUGCAAAAAAGAAAGUGGACAGGAAUAGCAACUCUUAUAAGCAACUUAUAUUCCAAAUAAAACCUAGUGAUAGCAUUCAGACAGAUUUCAGUGAGGAUGAGCCUUUACAGCGAGUGGUGCGAAUUGGGCGAUCAGGAAAGUUGAUGGCCACAGGCGGCACUGACGGCCACAUUCGUCUCUGGCAGUUUCCAUCCCUAAAGAAGAAGAUUGAUAUUUCUGCACAUAGUAAAGAAAUUGAUGACCUGGACAUCAGUCCCAGUGAGAAGUUGGUAGUAAGUAUAUCAAAAGAUGGCCUCGCAAUAAUCUGGAGUGCUGAUUCUGGAAAGAAAUUACAAGAAUUGAUAUGGACAAUUCCUGAAGGCUCCAAGUACUUCUAUAAACGUUGCAGGUUUGGCUUGGUUGAAGGGGACAUAAACAGCACUCGACUCUUUGUGCUGACAAAUCCUGUGGGUAAAAUAGGCAAACAGAAAGCAUUUCUACAGCUGUGGCUGCCAGAAGAUGGCUCACUGAAGAGAGCUGUACCAUGCAGCGACACUUUGUCAGCUCUGGCUGUGUCAGAUGAUGGGAAGUUUGUUGCUGUGGGCACAAUGUUCAGUGGCAGUGUUUCAGUGUACAUUGCCUUCAGUCUGCAGAGAGUGUUGCAUGUUGAAGGAGCCCACAGCAUGUUUGUAACAGGGCUGGAUUUUCUACCUGUGGCAUCAGGAGGCCAACCAAUCACCAGUUGUACUGAGGCAGCCGUUGUAAGCAUUUCUGUGGAUAACCGCAUUUGCAUACACAGUCUUGCCUUCAGAAGCACACUGCCUGUCUGGCUUGUGAUCAUCCUAAUCAUCAUC